GGGAACUGCAUGAUAAAAUCGUGGGCGUGGGCUAGCUUGGCCGCGGCUUGAAUCUCGUCGAUCGACGCCCCUGGUUUGCCCAUGCAAAUGUUGUCUAGAACGGACCCGGAGAAGAGCACAGGUUCCUGCCCGACGAUGGCGAUGUGAUGGCGAAGGGACUGCACAUUGAGAGUCGUGUCCGUCCAAGCGCACGACGCCGGCGGAAGGAUCGUAGAACCGUUGGAUUAAACUCAUGGCGGUGCUUUUGCCGCUGCCACUGGCCCCCACGAGUGCAAGUGUGUGACCGCUCAGAAUCGUCAAGUUGUAGUUGCUGUACACGGUAUUGUCCGGUCGACGAGGGUAGUAAAAAUCGACCAAUUCCAGCUCGACGUGUCCCUUUACGUGCUCCAACACAAGUCCAGUUGCCGAGUCCGAACUGUCGAUGGUUGGCUGGCGAUCCAGGAUGCCAAAGAGGCGGUUUGUGGCCAUCGCUGCCGCCCCCGCGUCCCCCAAGCCUUGCGCCGCUUUCCCCAGCCCAAAUGAACAAAACAGGAUCGGGUUGAAUACUAUAUACACGCUGUGAAAGUCCAACCCGUUGUUCAGGACCAACCAUCCGCCAUAGUACAAGAUGCCGGCCAUGGCGUACAGCGUCAGUGCCUGGGAUGCCGAGUACGCAAUACCACCGACGAGGCCAGCUACCUGAUCCGUCUUGGCACUGGCUUGGAGGUGGUCAAGGUACCGCUGAUCCAUGAAUGUUUGCAGAUUUAAGGACGCCACCGAGCGAAUCGAGUGGAGGGCUUCGCUUAGAAUCGCGCCGGCUUGCACAUCGCCGUCGUUGGUGUUCUUCGUGGCUUGCGCCGUGAGCAUCCGCACCUGUAAGCCGUACGCGGCGCCCAUGACUGGAAUGACCGCCACAAACACCAGCGCCAGUUGCCAGCUGUAGUAAAAGGCCACCGCAAACGCCACCGCGACCGCUGCUACGUUCAUCAGCAUCGCAUUCAACGAUUCGGCAGUCAUGGAUCGAAUUGAGGCGGCGUCGGACGCCAGUCGUGUCGAGAGGGCGCCGGGGGCGUUCGCUGGCAUGUCAAACCAUGUCAUGUCCUGGUGCAACAUGGCCACGAAACACUUGUGGCGUACACGACCAGUGAGGCGCUCGCACACAAUGGCAAACUGGUAAUUUUGCACUGUCGCAGCUCCAAACGCGAUAACGCCGAGGACGACGAGCCCUACGGACCACAUCAAGGCCUCGUCGCGCAUGCCGUGAGACCCGAGGUUGACUUGGAAGAACACCAUCAUGCUCUUGGUCAAGAGCACCCCCCAAAGUGGGUACAUCGCCCCGUGCACCAACGCCCCCAAGCUUCCAAGCACCAAGUGGAACGAUUCGGGGGAACUGUAGGCCCACAGCCGAGACAUGGAGACUUGUGGUGCAUCGAUUAUACCCACAGACUCUACUUGGGUAUCGAUUUGUAUUGGUUGUGCUCCCCCCACCACGGUCGCUUGGGGCGUGAUAUCGUCCACACGCUCAUCGUCCGAGUUGCUGUCACACUGUAAUUGAGCGUCGACCAGUUCUUUGUAGUACCCAUGGUCAAUGGCUAACAGACUCUCGUGCGUGCCAUCUUCAACGAUGGUUCCCUGACUUAGCACCACGAUGCGAUCGGCGUGGCGGAUUGUGGACAAGCGGUGGGCUACGAUGAUGGUGGUGCGCUGUCUCGUGUCGACGAGGCGAUCGAGUGAGCUUUGCACCACGCGUUCACUCUCCACGUCUAAUUCACUGGUGGCUUCAUCCAAGAGUAGCACUGCGGGGUUCUUGACGAUGGCGCGGGCGAUGGCAAUUCGUUGCUUCUGCCCCCCAGACAGCUGCGCCCCUUGUCCCCCCACCUCUGUGUCAAAGCCCCCUGCAAACGCCAUGAUAAACUCGUACGCGUUGGCCUGUUUGGCGGCGUCGAUAAUUUCGGCCAUGGUAGCAUUCGGUUUUCCAUGUCGAAUGUUGUCUGCAAUGGAGCCCGUGAACAAAGUUGGUUCUUGCCCCACGAGGCCUACGUGACUUCGCAGCCAUUGAACGUCCAGUGACUUGAGGUCGUGGCCGUCCAACGUCAGCGAACCUUGUUGUGGGUCGUAAAAGCGCUGGACCAGAGACACGAUCGUACUCUUGCCGCUGCCACUACCCCCCACGAGAGCAACCUUUUGACCAGCUGGGAUCGUCAAUGAAUAGCCAGCACACACGGGUACAUGUGGUCGGGAUGGAUACGCAAACUGCACCGCGUGCAAGCCAAUGUGUCCUUCCAAGUGGUCCAGAAAUCUGGGGGGCACUUCACGAACCAUUGGACGCAUGAGUUGAAACAUGUCGCUGGUAGUCGCUUUGGCUGUGGCGAUGGCUUGGAGGCAAGGGCAGGCUUGUCCCAAAGCCAUCGCGCCGAUCGACACGGCAAAGAAGGCCGUAAUGAAUUCCCCCCGGACAAACAAUUGGUUGUGCAUAAUGGAUCGUUGGUGUCGAAGCGAUCGUUUGUGACGAGCACAGUGCCGUAAUACAUGGCCACCGCAUACGUGACCAGCGUGAUUAAGUGCACGCCGCCCGUGCCUAUGCCAACCGCCAGCCCUUUUUCAAUACCAGCGACUUCGGCGCAGCGCACAGCUGCUUUGUAUUUGUCGGCCAUGAACGCCAUGGCAUUGAGCAUUUGCACCGUUUUGAUGUUGGUCAAACUCUCUUCGACUACCCCCCCCCGCUUGGGCGUACGAGGCCACCCCGCUUUGGGACGCGGCCGAGAUCGCUCGAGUCAUUCGAAUCGCGCUGAGCCCAAUCAAGGGCGUGAAAGCCACCAUGACCAGCGCAAUUUUCCAGCUGUACGAGAACGCGAUGGCAAACCCUGCGAUGGCCAUGGCCACAAAGUUGAUGCAUUCGCCGACUUUACGCCCCAUUCCGUCUUGAACCACAAGAGUCGCGUCCGCCACCUGCGUGGUCAAGUCGUGGGGUUGUGCAGGUCAAACCAUCCAAUGUCUUGGCGCAACAGGGCGCAAGCAUACGCAUGCCGAAUGCGCUUGGCUUGACGUGAGGCACUGAUGCUCCACAACGCAAUCUGACCGAACCCCCCGACGAGCUCUACCGUUCCCAACGCAAUGCCUUGGUACACAACGUAGUUGAUGCUUUGAUGGAACGCGUCGGGGUCGACUACGUGGCCGCCCAGGGACGCGCUAAACGAUGUGACAGCGUCCCCAAAAAAGAUCAUUUGCAAAGGCAAACUCACGCCCGUGGCCAUGGCGGCAAUCGAGCCCAAAAUCAUGAGCACAUAGUCCACGGUGUCGGCAUACUGGAAGAGCUGGGCGAAUGUCACAGGUAGGGCAGAGGCUUCGAGUGGGGUGUCCAGCUUGUGCUGGGAUGAUGUGGGGGUCUCCACUGAAACAAACAAGUCGUGCAUGCUAUGUUCGUCUCGACAAUAGGAAAAUGACGACUGGUAUAUCGUACCGUUAGUUUCGGUGCCAUGAUACUAGUAUUGGUGCAUCGAC